UUUCGGUAAAUCUACAGUAAAUCUAGUGUGGCAACAGGGUUUAAGCCGCGCAGGACGGAAAUGGCGGCACGCUGCAACUUCUGGCUUCCCAAGAAGAAGAGAUUUUGCUCAAACGUCCUUCUCCGAGAUUCACAGUUCUGCGGAAACCAUACUCAAAGAUCUGAUGGACAAUGGGUUCCUUGCCCUAUCCACCCUUCUCACUCUGUGCUGGAAGAGAAUCUGCAGAGUCAUCUUAAGCGAUGUCCAUUUUUCAAACAAGCUCAAUCUUUGUCGAUUCAGCCUUUUUACCAGGAGGGUAUUAAUGCCGGCAAAGAAGAAGAAGAAGGAGGACAGAAUUUUAGUUCAGAGAUGAAGAGGAAUGCAGUUCACGGGAUGACCCUUUUUGAAUUCUCCCAAUUGAUUAACAAAAUCAAGUCUAUUCAUGCUUCCAUCUGUAGUGACAUUGGUGAUUCUUUCAAGAUUCCUCAAGCUUGUGAUAUUUGGACUAAUCGACAAGUGGACCGGGGUUUACCAUUUCAAGAGAAACAUGUAAUGCAGCAGGCUUCCAUUCUAGGGAAUCUAGAAGAAUUUGGGGUUCUGAAAAGUUGUGGGGAUGAUGCUGUAUCAGGGCCAGUUAAGUUAGAAGCAUCUGGGGACGACGAUGAUGUUCCCGCAGUUGUUGAAUUUGGAGCAGGAAGAGGGUACUUGACGCAAGUUCUGGCUGACUGUUACAGAAUUAAGAAGAUUUUAUUAGUUGAACGCAAAUCAUACAAGCUCAAGGCUGAUCGAAGUUUGCGACAGAAAGAGAGUGUUACGCUGGAGCGAUUGAGAAUUGACAUUGAGGACCUAAAGUUGAAUGCUGUUGAGAGUUUACAGGGCGUUCCAUAUCUAGCAAUUGGCAAACAUCUUUGUGGGCCUGCUACAGAUAUGACUCUAAGAUGUUGCAUCAGCAAACAAUGCAAUCAACAUAAUGAUGCUCCUUCUGAUUCGACGUGCCGCAUGAUUGGCCUAGCUAUAGCUACUUGCUGCCAUCAUCUUUGUCAGUGGAAGCAUUACAUAAAUAAGCCAUAUAUGUUGGAUUUGGGAAUCACUAAGGAUGAUUUCAAUGCCAUGACAUGGCUUACCAGCUGGGCCGUUGAUGCAGAUCAUGGUUCAGAUCUUUGUGGCACUGGGUCUUUUGAUCUACAAAUCAGGGAACACGAGCACGUAGAAUCAGAUCCAACUACAUAUGACGUCAAAAACAUGGUGAAGAAUAUGAAGGCUGUGGAUAGAGCUGUUGUAGGAUUGAUGUGCAAGGAUAUAAUAGAUGUUGGAAGGUUUAUGUGGCUCAAGGAACAUGAACUUGAAUGUGAGCUUGUCAAGUAUGUCCCGUCAAAUAUCUCUCCAGAAAACCGAUUGUUGGUUGCUAGGCAGAAAAGUUGAGUGUUAACGUGCUGCUGAACACCAUAUUUGUAUUCUCAUAUAUUUAGCUUUCUCAGACCUGUAGCUCUAAUUCACAAUUUGAUAAUGUAUACUGGAUAUUAGCUC